AACUCAUCAAGAUGGAGUACUUGACAACUAGAAAGUUUUCAAGUUCUCUCUUGAUCUUUGUUGCCUUACUAUUGCUCUUUUCCCAUCUUUCUUUAGCUACCUCUCGUGAUCAUCAUGAUCUUGGUAGAAGAGGAAUUUUGAGGAGAAGUACGAAAUGGAGAUCGAAGCAGGAGAUUAAGAGGUGUAAUAUGUACAACGGAAGUUGGGUUUUUGAUGAUUCAUAUCCUCUUUACGAAUCUUUGGAUUGUCCUUUCAUUCGCAAGGAGUUUAAUUGCAUAAAAUAUGGUCGUCCUGAUCGUUUAUAUCUCAAGUACAGAUGGCAACCCAAUGAUUGUGACUUGCCAAGGUUUGAUGGUAUAGAUUUCUUGAAGAGAUUAGAGGGGAAGAAGAUCAUGUUCGUAGGGGAUUCUGUUAGUCUCAACCAAUGGCAAUCGCUUCUGUGCUUGCUUCAUGCUUCUGUGCCUCAUUCCAAUAUCACACAACAGAAUGAUGGCUCAGUUUCUUCCGCGAUAUUCCAGGAUUAUGAAGUUUAUGUUUCGCUAUUCAAUUCUCACUAUUUGAUUGACAUCGAAGAGGAAGAUAUUGGCCGCGUUUUGAAACUUGAUUCGUUGAAAAACGGCGAUUUGUGGAAGGAAAUGGACGUUCUGAUCUUCAACACUUGGCUUUGGUGGUAUAGAAGCGGACCUAAGCAACCAUGGGAUUAUGUUCAAGAUGGUGACAGCAUACUCAAAGACAUGGACCGAAUGGAGGCUUUUCGAAAGGGUUUAACGACAUGGGCAAAUUGGGUUAACUCAACUGUGGAUUCAAGAAAGACUAGAGUCAUUUUCCAAGGAAUUUCUCCCUCUCAUUACAAUGGCACGGAGUGGAACGAACCAAAUGUGACAAACUGUGGAAACGAGACGCAGCCCAUUAGUGGUUCAAGCUACCUCGGCGGCUUACCACGGGCGACGUACGUGGUGAAAGAUGUCUUGAACCAGAUAGCGAAACCAGUUCAUCUGCUGGACAUAACCACUUUGUCGCAGCUAAGAAAAGACGGGCAUCCCAGCAGUUAUAAUGCCUUCAGGGGCAUGGACUGCACACAUUGGUGUAUUGCUGGUGUCCAAGACACUUGGAAUGAGCUUCUGUAUGCAGCUCUCUUUUACUUGAUACAGGAAAGAAAUUAG